AUGAAAUUCUUGACGAUCAACAUUUAAAAAGAUAAAUUCAUAUUUCAAUCAAUAAAAUAAUUAAAGUAAGAGUCUAGCUUAUUUUUACAAAAAAAAAAAGUGAAAAUUGAAUAUUUUUAGAGCAUUUUUUAAAAAAGUAAUACUUUUCAAAUUAAUCAAACAAAUUUGGAAAAAACAAAGGUACAUAAAAAUUAUUCAUACAUAAAUUAUCAUUCAAUUUAAAUAUCAAAUGAUGUCAAAAAAGCCAUAAGAUAGCGAUUUAAUUCGAAAUAAGAAUUAUAGUAAAAAUGUGAUAAAUUGAAUAGGAUUUAAUAAUUUUUCUACUUUAUGUAUAACAAAAUGAACAAUACUAUAGAGUUUUUCAAAUAGUAAUUAUAAAAAGGGAAAGAAAAUAAAUUGAUUAAAUUUAAAUUGUGUAUAGAAGAAACUAAGUAUCAACUAAUUAAUCCUAAAGUAUUAAGUUAGAGAUCCGAAGAUGUUUUUAUUAGAAAAAGUAUCCAAAUAAAAUUUUAAUUACAGCAUUUACUCUUAAAGAUACUACUUAUGACCUCCAGUGAAGCAAGCAAGUUAUCACUUUUUAAAACUAAUUACAUUUCUCCAUAUUAGCACAAGUCAAAUUAAAUUCGCUAAUUUAAUUUUUUAAUUUGA